ACCGGCCGAGGGCGGACUGCGAGGUCCGCCUAGACUUCCUGCAACUGGACAAGUGUUCGAAAUUGUGAACAUCAUAGCUAACUGACUAUGAGCUCCUCUCGUAGAACUGUUUGUCAUUAUGCUUUACAGAUUGGGUAUGUCUUCGAACACAGUGCCUGUGCUGGCCGUGUCGCCCCACGCUUCCAUAAACGGACUUGCAUGUGCGGGAUCGGUUCAGGUUGUGGGACAAUACCCCGCCAUUUAUCUUGUCUCGUGCGAUUGGCCGCUAGAUGUGCGAUAUCUCCUGGUACACUCGAAUAAAUGCUGCUGACGCAAACGUGGUGAUGGUGUAUGGAAAAAAAAAAAAAAGGGGG